AUGCACGAUGAACCAUCUCGCGCGCUUCCCGACGCGACCUUAAGAGAGCAGAUGCUGGCUGUGCAAGGCGUCAUCCAUGAAGCGUACAGGAGGGCCGGAAAGCCCGAGGGUCCUCGGGGCUGGUACUUUCGUCCCGGCUCGGGCUUUUUCAGCACUCGCAUGCGGCGCUUGGUGGGGACGCUGGGCUAUCAGCUCGUGCUGGGGGACGUUUACCCCCACGAUCCGCAAGUACCAUACCCUAGCUUGAAUGCACGGCACAUAUUGAGCAUGGUCAAGCCGGGGAGCAUCAUCGUCUGCCAUGAUCGCAGAGAGUGGACUGUGCCUAUGCUACGCAUGGUUCUGCCCGAGUUAGGACGUCGGGGCUACAAGGUAGUCACGGUCUCAAAGUUAUUACAAGAGCCACUCCUGCCCGCAUCAUAG